AUGAUGGACGAUGACCUGCAGGCCGCGAUUGACGCCUCGUUGAGGGAUGCAGCAAGAUCUCAGUUGAAUUUACAGCGGCGUAAAUCUUCUGUUGUUGAUCUUACUUGUGAUUCUGAUGGAGACGCGUCGGCGCCGCAACUAGAAGGAGAAGGAGAAGAAGUAGAGAAUGAUGAUUAUGAUGCAGACUUGAAGCGGGCCAUUCAGCUGUCCUUGCAGUCAGGUCAAGAGCGUGAAACGAUCGAUGUUGAUGCUUUGGAGGUAGGAGAGGCAGCCUCCGCUACCCCUGAACCAAAAAAGGAGGCUUCAGCUUCAGUGUCAGGGUUUGGAAUAGCAGGGUUUGACAGGAAGAAGAUGGAAGAAGAACGGCUGGCCAGGCUGGCGAAGAAGAGAAAGGCAGGAGAGGAUGGUUCUGCUUUAGCUUUGCCAACUGCAAGGCCGUUGAAGGCAUCAAGAAGUGAGCAGCCAUCUGGGGCUUCAUCUUCAGCCAAGAUACCCAUACCCCCAGCUACAGCAGCGACUAAGCCUGCGUUUCGAGCGUCUGGAGUGCCAUCUACAGAGCCGACUAUACAGUUUCCAGAUGGCGCUGUGAAGAAAACGUGGGCCUUUGGGCACGAGAGAAGGGGCGACAUCAAGCUUGAAGAAGUGCUGCAGCAGGCCGAUCUGGAACUGGCAGUGCUCAGCUCGUUCCUAUGGGACAUGGACUGGUUGUUGGCGAAGUUCACCAACCCGAAGACACGGUUUCUCUUUAUCAUGGGAGCCAAGGGAGAAGAGAGGCAAGCACAGCUGAUGCGGGAGACUGCGUCGAUGCCUUGGAUACGGCUGUGUUUCCCGCCGAUGGACGGAGAAGUCCACUGCAUGCACUCCAAGCUGAUGCUUCUUUUCCAUCCGAACCAUAUGCGCAUCGUGAUACCUUCCGCGAACCUGGACCCGUACGACUGGGGAGAGAAAGGCGGCGUGAUGGAGAAUAUGCUGUUCCUGAUCGACCUACCUCGCAAGGCUCGCGAGGCCGACGAGGACAAGACGCCAUUCAGGGACGAGCUCGUUUACUUUCUUCGAGCGUCAAAGUUGAACGAGAAGAUCAUAGACAAGAUGCUCCAGUUUGAUUUUAGCAACACGACUAAAUAUGCUUUUGUGCAUUCCAUAGGUGGUUCGCAUAUAGGCUCUGGCUCAUACGAGCGCACUGGACACUGUGGACUCGGCACGGCGGUUAAAUCACUUGGGCUGGAGACGUCACGGCCCUUGACGCUGGACUACAUCACAUCCUCCGUGGGCUCGCUAACGGCGACUUUCCUUCAAAACCUGUACUUGUCGGCGCAGGGGGACAACGGGUCGAGACAGCUAUCCGCACGAGCAGCAGGGAAGCAAGGAAGCACCAACAAGAAAAAGAAGACGAGGAGCAAUGAUGAUGAUUAUGAUGAUGGUAAUGGUAACGAUAAUGACGCUGACUGGACGGGGCGGGUGAAGGUGUACUUUCCGUCGCGAGAGACCGUCCGAAGCAGUCGGGGCGGCGUAUCGGCAGCAGGGACCCUGUGCCUGAUGUCGAGAUGGUAUAACUCUCCGACGUUUCCCAGAGACGUCAUGCGGGAUAACCGCAGCGUGAGAGAGGGGUUGUUGAUGCACAGCAAAGUACUCUAUGUCCGGCCAGAAGGGGUGGCUAGGACGGACAUUAAGACGAAAGGGAAGAGUAAGGAGUCUGAGAGCGACCGCUGCCGCUAUGCUGGAUGGGCAUAUGUGGGCAGCGCAAACCUAUCCGAGAGCGCCUGGGGACGGCUGGUGAUUGACCGCAAGACGAAGCAGGCCAAGCUCAAUUGCCGAAACUGGGAAUGUGGCGUUGUGGUCCCCGUGGGCAGCGUAGGAUAUGACGACGGGACGAAGAAGGAUGAGCAGGAUCAGAAAGAGGAUGAGAAGGUGAAGGGGAAAGGGGAAGGAGAGCUGAGUCGGGUGUUUGGCGAGGCGGUGCCUGUUCCCAUGCGAGAGCCUGACCGAAAGUACGCUGGGGGCGAGCAGCCGUGGUUCUACCUGGAGCAUGGCCGUUAA